UCGCCGCUCGCCCUUCGCCCGCCAUGGACGCCGGAGUGACUGAGAGCGGCCUCAACGUGACCCUGACCAUCCGGCUGCUGAUGCACGGCAAGGAAGUGGGCAGCAUCAUCGGCAAGAAGGGGGAGUCGGUGAAGCGGAUCCGCGAGGAGAGCGGCGCGCGGAUCAACAUCUCGGAGGGCAACUGCCCGGAGCGCAUCAUCACGCUGACGGGGCCCACCAAUGCCAUCUUCAAGGCCUUCGCCAUGAUCAUCGACAAGCUGGAGGAAGACAUCAACAGCUCCAUGACCAACAGCACGGCGGCCAGCCGGCCCCCGGUCACGCUGCGGCUCGUGGUGCCGGCCACCCAGUGCGGCUCGCUGAUCGGCAAGGGCGGCUGCAAGAUCAAGGAGAUCCGCGAGAGCACGGGCGCCCAGGUGCAGGUGGCCGGCGACAUGCUGCCCAACUCCACCGAGCGGGCCAUCACCAUCGCGGGCGUGCCGCAGUCGGUGACCGAGUGCGUCAAGCAGAUCUGCCUGGUCAUGCUGGAGACGCUCUCGCAGUCGCCGCAGGGCCGCGUCAUGACCAUCCCGUACCAGCCCAUGCCGGCCAGCUCGCCCGUCAUCUGCGCCGGCGGCCAGGACCGCUGCAGCGACGCGGCCGGCUACCCGCACGCCACCCACGACCUGGAGGGGCCCCCGCUCGACGCCUACUCGCUCCAGGGACAGCACACCAUCUCGCCGCUCGACCUGGCCAAGCUCAACCAGGUGGCGCGGCAACAGUCGCACUUUGCCAUGAUGCACGGCGGCACGGGCUUCGCCGGGAUUGACUCCAGCUCGCCCGAGGUGAAAGGCUACUGGGCGAGUCUGGACGCCGCCUCCACGCAGACCACCCACGAACUCACCAUUCCCAAUAACUUGAUCGGCUGCAUCAUCGGGCGCCAGGGCGCCAACAUCAACGAGAUCCGCCAGAUGUCCGGGGCCCAGAUCAAAAUCGCCAACCCCGUGGAAGGCUCCUCCGGCCGGCAGGUGACGAUCACGGGCUCGGCGGCCAGCAUCAGCCUGGCCCAGUAUCUCAUCAACGCCCGGCUCUCCUCCGAGAAGGGCAUGGGCUGCAGCUAGAACGGUGUCGGGCCCCACGCCUCGUAACCCCCCAU